AUGUCUGGUCGCUUUGUUCGUUCAUCCAAAUACCGACACGUCUUCGGACGACCAACGAGAAAGGAUCAAUGCUAUGAUAACCUUCGCAUCUCGAAAAAUGCUUGGGAUACCAACCUUGUCAAGGUCAACCCUCGCUACCUCUCCGUGAAUUGGGAAGCCGGUGGUGGUGGUGCAUUUGCUGUCAUUCCUCUUGAAGAGCGAGGCAAGCUACCCGAGAGAAUACCCUUGUUCAGGGGUCAUACCGCAGUCGUUCUGGACACCGACUGGAACCCCUUCAAUGAUGAUUUGAUUGCCUCUGGCUCCGACGACGGCAAGGUCUUGCUUUGGCGAGUUCCCGAAGGCUUCACUCUCCGGCCGGACGUCGAACCGGACGAAAUACAAGACAUUGCGCCCGUUGGCAAGCUGAGCGGCCACCCAAAGUUGGUCCCUCUGGUCCCCUCGCAGUUUUGUCUCUGGAAGAUCGGGCACGUGCUCUUCAACCCCGCCGCAGAAAACAUCCUUGCGACCGCCUCUGGCGACUUCACUGUUAAGAUUUGGGAUAUCGAAGCCGGUGCCUCCAAAUUGACGUUGAACUUGGGCGAUAUUGUCCAGUCUCAAGCGUGGAGUGCUAAUGGUUCCCUGCUGGUCACCACCUCUCGAGACAAGAAGCUGCGGAUCUGGGAUGUUCGUCAGGAGCGACCCGCUCACGAAACCCAAGGACACUCGGGUGCAAAGAACAGUCGUGUUGUAUGGCUGGGAGAGCGCGAUCGCGUUGCGACAACUGGUUUCUCCAAGAUGAGCGAUCGCCAGCUGGCGCUUUGGGAUAUUCGUGCCCCUCGCGAACCCAUCAACGGCUUCAAGACUCUCGACUCGAUCUCUGGUGUUUGCAUGCCGUUCUGGGACGAUGGCACCCAGUGCCUGUAUCUGGCUGGCAGAGGCGACGGCAACAUUCGCUACUUCGAAUUGGAAAAUGACAAGUUCGAGUUCCUUGCUGAGUACAAGUCCGCCGAUCCACAGCGUGGUAUUGCUUUCAUGCCCAAGCGAGGUGUAAAUCCCCACGAGAACGAGGUCACCCGCGCCUUCAAGACUGUCAACGACAGCUACAUCGAACCUAUCUCCUUCAUCGUCCCUCGCCGGUCAGAAAACUUCCAAGACGAUAUCUACCCCCCUACUGUCGGUCUGAAGCCCGCUAUGGGCCCCUCGGAAUGGUUCGCUGGAAAGGAAGCUAUCCCGCCCAAGAUUUCCAUGGCCAGCGUUUACGAAGGCGAGGGUCUGAAGGAGGUCACAGGUGUACAAGAGCAGCCUACUCCUACUACGAGUGCUCCUGAACCCAAGCCCGCCGAACCUGUCGCUGCAAAGAAGGUCGCUGAACCCGUGCCGACGCCCGCACCCGUUGUCAAGCCGGAGGUGUCCAUGAAGGAGCAAGGCGCUUCGAUGGCCGCGAUGGUGAACAAGUUCGCCGACAAGGAAGAUGAUGCCGAGCCAGUGGAUGAUGAUUCCAGCUUUGAGGAGAUUCCCAAGCCAACUGAGCGGGCUGCUCGUUCCGCGGACAACGCGUCGCCCUCCAUUAAGACCAGCCCAUGGCAACAGAAGGAAGAGGCCAAGUCGCAGGCCAGUCCUGCUCCGGCCUCUCCCGUCGUCCCCGAACGAAGCACCCCUACCGUGCCCACCCCUACCACCACAACUCCCCCUCCAUCAGCAGGCUCGACUCUUCAGGCUGGCGCCGCUGUUGCCGCGGACGCCGUCCAGCGCGAGGUCUCGGCCAUCAAAGACCUGCUCGCAGAGCAAACCAAGAUCAUUGCAUCCCAGGCGGAGCAGAUGCAGAACCUGACUGCGGAGAUCGAGUCUCUCAAGGCCAAGCUGGGCUAG